AUGGCCACAUUUGAUGAGGUUUCUUCAGCACUUGAUUUCAUCAGACAACAUCUUUUCGACGAAUACGAAACAUCUAAUGAACAUGUCCUGAUUUCACAAACAUCAAUUUCUGAAUCUGAUAUAUCGGUUUAUGAUUAUCUAGAAUAUUCUGAAGAAGAAGAAGAAACCAUAUCGAACCCCUUAUCUCCUUUAACUGUUCUUCCAGAAUCAAUUGAUGAGGAUUCUAGAAGUGCAAAAAAAGCGCAUAAAAAGGCGGAUUCUUCAAAGAAAACAAAAUGCCCGGAUGAGGCUAAUAAGGUACACUACAGGGGAGUGCGAAGAAGGCCGUGGGGAAAGUAUGCGGCCGAGAUUAGAGACCCGAAACGUAACGGAGCUAGAGUUUGGUUAGGGACAUACAAUACUGGCAUUGAGGCUGCAAGGGCUUACGACAGAGCCGCAUUUGAAAUGCGUGGUAGCAAAGCCAUUCUCAAUUUCCCUCUGGAGAUCGGGAAUAAUAGUUUUUCAACAAAAACUGAAGCUACAACUGCUGUGGGUAGUCGGAAAAGAACGAGAAGCGUAGAUGAGUCGGUUGCGGUGCCGGUUAAAAAGGAGAGAUUAGCUGAGAAGAAUGAUGAUGUUUGGACGACCGCGACUUGGGAUGAGGAUUGGUGUCAUUUGUUUGACGCCCCUCCCUUGUCGCAGGGAUUUAAUUUACAUCAGUGCUAGCUAGUUUAUGUAUAAAGAUGUUUUGCUUUAUGUAUAUAUGACCCACAUUUAAUUAGUCAUCUGAUCUUAAUUGUUCAUUGAUAUGAUUAAGAAUUAAUGAUGAACAUCAAGAUUAAAUUUUGGACAA